ACAUUUUCAAACCAAAACAAUAUUUGGCAGCGAACGGUUGAUUCGCGGUCGCUGCUCCGCUCUCUUUUCGUGUGCGCGUGUGUUAGUGCGUUCUGUGUGUGUGUGUUUGCUGGCGAUUGGGUCAGAAGUAAAUUGAAUUAAAGCUCCCAAAAAUAAAUGCAAAACUGCCCCCAUUUGAUUAUGCCCAUCACCAAAUUUAUAUGCCGGGCUUGAAUUAAGGCAAAUACGUGUAAAAAACGAAAGACGCCUGGCUGCUUAGAAAAUUCCAAUAGGAAGGCCAACAGCAAAAGUUCUGCAAAGCACAAAAGAGAGGGGCAAAGAAUAAGAGAGAGCCAAACAGAUAGCAAAACAGAACACAAAAGCCGUUAAUUUAGCAUUAAUAAUUUCUGUCAGUGUUUUUGUUUUUCUGCCUGAUUUACGCGCGUGAAUUUCUGGUUGUAUUUUUAUUUUGAAUGGUGCCGAAGUGUUUUCAAAAAAUUCCACUCAAUCGGUUGGCAUCCUGCUUUUAAUUCAAACACCCGCCCCACCCAAUCCAAAACACAAAAAUCAAAAUCUGUAAGAUGCAGCAGGAAGUGUGAUGUCACCACUUUGGCCCCGCGGCAACAACAAGUUUUUACUAUUGCCAGCAAAAAAGCAAAUAUCACCGGGAUAACAACAACAAUAUUGCAACGAUCUGAAGAUGUUGCACUUGCAUUUGUUUUUGCUACCGCUGCUGCUGCUCAACACAUGCUUGCAACAUAUUUUUCAGCCGGCGGAAGCGACAACGUUCCACCAGCCAGGAGAAAAGCCAAAAGCUCACACCGCCGAUUAUUUACACGUCCUCGACGAGUUCAAAACUCACACUGUGAUACGACCGCAGGUGCAACAUGGACGCACCAAGCGCAGCCUGCUCACCACUCUGGAUGCCACCGACGGCCUUCACGCGCCGCACAUUAGCCUGAGCUACACCCACGAGGGCCAGCGAAUCACCAUCGACCUGCAGCGAAACGAUCGCCUGCUGCCCGACAACCAUUUCCUGCGGACCCAGAACUCCUCCAGCGGAGCAGCCACCGCUGGCCAUGUGGUGCGCCACUUCACCAAGACUGAGGUUGAUUUAUGCCACUAUCAGGGACACAUUCGUGGUCGACCGGAUUCUGUGGUAGCCCUCUCCACUUGUGAAGGUGCUCUAAGUGGCAUCGUUUUCGAUGGGAGGCAAACGUACUUCAUCCAUCCCCAUGUCCAUGGAAGCGGACGGCUGGAGGAUGACCACUAUCUGCUCAGGCAGGAGGACAUGCAUCCCACGAACGCCACCUGUGGCUACGACAGCCACAAGGACGAUCACAGCCACGACCACGAGGAUAACGAACUGGGAGCGGAGAUUCCUGCACUGCCACUCCGCCUCGAUGGCGGAGAAUUCCAGAGAACCCUGCUCCGAAGGAGGCGACAGGCCGACGACAGCAGUCAACUGAUCCGAGGUCCCUACAAUGCCAACAAGCACUCCAGUUACGUGGAACUGGUCAUCGUGGUGGACAACAAGGUGUACAAGAACUUCCAGGAGAGCGCCAAGAAGGUUCACCAGCAUUGCAAGACGCUGGCCAACAUUAUCAAUUCGCUCUAUGUCCCACUGAACAUAUUUGUGGCUCUGGUGGGCGUUGUGAUCUGGAACGAGUCGAACGAGAUCGAGUUCUCCAACGACGGCGAUGUGACGUUGCGAAACUUUCUGAACUACCGCAGCACGAAACUGGUGCUGGAUCACCCCAACGACAAUGCCCAGCUGCUGACCAAAGAGACCUUCACCGGAGGCGUCGUCGGCAAGGCGCUGAAGGGUCCCAUCUGCACGUACGAGUACUCCGGCGGAGUGAGCAUGCAGCACAGCCCGAAUCCUGCGAUGGUGGCCACCACAAUGGCCCACGAGAUGGGCCACAACUUCGGCAUGGAGCACGACUCCACGGACUGCGAGUGUCCGGACGAGAAGUGUGUGAUGGCCGCCUCGAGUACCUCGUUCAUCCCGGUCAACUGGAGCAGGUGCAGCAUCGACCAGCUCACGAUAGCCUUCUCGCGCGGAAUGAACUACUGCCUGAGGAACAAGCCGGAAAAGUUGUUCGAUUCCCCCACCUGUGGCAACGGAUUCGUGGAGCCCGGGGAGCAGUGCGACUGCGGAUUGCCGGAGCACUGCGAGAAUGCCUGCUGCAACGCCAAGACCUGCAUGCUCCACGCCAACGCCUCCUGUGCCACCGGAGAGUGCUGCGAUCUGACCACCUGUCGUCCCAAAAUGGCGGGCAGUGCCUGUCGGGAGGAGGAGAACGAGUGCGACCUCCCGGAGUACUGCACAGGGGAAUCGGAGUACUGUCCGGCGGAUGUCUUCCGGCGGGACACGGAGCCCUGUGACGGCGGUCAGGCCUACUGCUUCCACGGAACCUGUCGCUCCCACUCCACUCAAUGCCGCACUCUUUGGGGACCAACGGGUGAUAACUCGGAGCACUGCUACAGUAGGAAUACGGAAGGAAGUCGAUUAGGUAACUGCGGCUAUAACCGCCUGAACAAGACCUACUUGCGUUGCGAGGAGCAGCAUGUCAACUGCGGCAUGCUGCACUGCAUCCACCUGAACGAACGCCUUGAAUUCGGCAUGGAAUCGGCGGCCGUGUUGUCGCACUACUACGUCACCCAUCAGCGCAAGAUAGUUCCCUGUCGCACUGCCCUGGUGGAUCUGGGAUUGCAGACCACUGAUCCGGGACUGACGCCCAAUGGAGCCAAGUGCGGCGAGGACAAGAUGUGCGUGGACCAGCGAUGCCUGGCGGUGGCCGAGGUUCGCCAGAAGGGCUUGGGUGUUCCCUGUCCGGACGACUGCAGUGGCAAUGGCAUCUGCAACAGUCGUGGUCACUGCCACUGCGAUGUCGGAUUUGGCGGGGAGUCCUGCUCCAAGGCGGGAUCAGGAGGAUCCCCCGACAGUGGACCUGCCACGGAUCCAAAUGGAUCUGUGGGACUGAAGCGAUUCCUGUACGUGCUCUUCUUCUUCGUUUUGCCCGUGGUGGGCGGAGUUUGGCUGCUCUACCAUUGCUACAAGAACGGAGUAUUCAGCCGCGGAAAGCUGGCGGACAAUAUUCUGAAAUCCUCUGGAGGAAGCAAACCGAUCACCAAUCGAACCAAUCAAAAUGGCAGUGGACCACCAACGGGAAAUGGACUACUGAAAUCCACUCCGAGCAGUACGGAUGAUAUGGAUUCGGCGCUGCUGAAAUCUCCGAGCGAUUCCACACCGACAGCAGGAUUAUUUGGCAAAUUCGAUGGUUUCACACUGCGUCCUUUGAACGAUGCCACUUCGCCAUCGAGCAAUUAUAAUGCACCAAAUGUGGCCUUUGUGCAGCCAACGGUGCAGCAGGAUGGACCACAGAGGAUGGCACCGCCACCUCCAGUGGUAAAGUCACUCACCGAACCCGUUCAUCCUCCCUCCUCUCCGAAACCAGAAGCCACUUAUGUGAGACCAGCGCCCGCUUUGCCGCCAAAAAAUCCUGGCUCCACGGCGCGUCCCAUUAUCUCGCCACCCAAACUGGAUUCCAGUACAUUAACCAUGGUGCCGCUCAAGGGCAGCACGGAGGAUCUUUCGCCCACGCGAUCCGCUCCAGCUCCUCCGGUUCCGCUGCACGCGGAUCCCAAGCUGAAUGUCAAACGAGAUGGAACCAUCAGGCGUUUCGCCUCGUUCCUCAAGAAGGAGGAGAAGCCGCCGCUGAAGGAGAAGACCUACAUCGAUAGGGAGCGGCUGCGAACGCUGGAAAUCUCAGCUCCGAUGCCUGUGCCCGCUGCUCCGCAAACGGAGUCCUCCAACUCGGAUUCGGAGACGACGCCCCGCGAAGAGGAGACCCAGAACCUGGUGAAACGCGCCCAAUCGAUGCGUUCGCCCACGAAAAAGACGCCGCUGCAGAGUUUCGGUUCCAUGCGUUCACCUCCCGGUUUGCCGCGUCCCAAAAGUGGUCAUGUCAACGGCAGCGCCACUUCGAGACCCAAGUCGCCGCCACCAAGACCUCCACCCGUGGUGGUGAAGAAAACGAACUCGAUUAGCUCCUCGGGUUAUCAGCGGCCAGUGGCCACGGCCCAGAGAUCGGUGGAGAACACCUACGACGACUGUGAGUUCGUGGAGAACGAGAACGAAGUUCGGGCCUCCAACGAUGACAUCUACUCCGUGAUCGAUGAGAUUCCGCCGGCGGCACAGACUCUCAAGCGCAGCGAUUUGGUGGCCAACAGGGCGAGCAGUGGCAGCGAUAUGGGAUUGCUGAAUGAAAUAGUGAAUGAGCUGGAGAAGAUCAACGGGGAUUCCAUUUAUUCGGGAAAGCCCGUAGCAGCGGCAGCAGUAGCUACACCUGCACCGCCAGCAGAUCCUCCCAAGAGCCCCCAGCGACCUGCUCCGCCCAAGCCGGCGAGCAGUGUGCUGGAGGAGAAGGCGGCCAAUGCAUCGGCAAGCACAUAUUACCGCCCGCCGCCAGCAAAUGCGCCAGUGGCUCGCGUUAAACCCACGGUUGCGGACAAAUCGCAAACGCAGAUGCAGUCGCAGCCCAACAUGUCCAGCUUCAAGCCGUCGGCAGGAACCGGCGGUGGUCAGGGCCAGCCGGCGCCAGUUGUCCAGCUGGCCAAGCGGAGCAGCAACGGCAGCCUCAGCAGCGGAACAGCGAACAGCACCCGUCCCAAAUCCUUUAUGAAGAGCACAACGAAAGCACUGCCAAAUGGGACGGCGGGAGCGGCGGUCACGGCGCCCUCGGCCACCAUUCAAAAGCCCAAGCCGCUCUCGGCCAAGCCAUCGUUUAGCGGCACAGGAGCAGCUGCCGGCGGAGUCCUGGGCAAGCGGAUCAACGGCGGAGGAGCAGCGCCCACGCCACCCACUGUGAAGGCAACGGCGUUGGCGACGCCAAAGUCCAAUAUUGCAUCGCUGACACAGCGAUUCGAGCAGAGCAAGUAGACUAAGGAACACUACGAUAAGGAGCUUGACCCUGAGCAUAGCGAGAAAUAUUUAUUAGGAAGACAAUAUGAGAGGUUGUAGGUUGCAUCUGAAAAGCUGAUUGUCACCCCUUUAUAAUUUAUUAGGGUUCAAAUUUAUUUUACGAGAUAAGACAAAAGUGCAGCUCUAUCUUUAUGUUUUCAAUCAUUAAGCGAAUCAUGGUAUUAUUUAAAAUAUUUUACAUUUAGUAGUUUAGGGAAUCACUUUGUAUUAAAUUUGAAAAAAGUUUUAGAUUUGAAGAUCAUACAUUGUAUUCUCAAGCUCAAUCUUUUUUUCAAUCAUUAAGCGAAUCAUGGUGUUAUUUAAAACAUUUUACAUUUAGUAUUUUGGGGAAUCACUUUGUAUUAAAUUUGAAAAAGUUUUAGAUUCGAAAACCUUACGAUGCAUAAAUUGUAUUCUCUGCCAUCGAUUGUGAUUCUUGGCUAUGCUCUUGGUCUGGCUCAGUGCCCACCUUGCGUGGAAUUGACUUAAGUUUUAGUUAAGAUUCGAUCAAAUUUUAUUUGGCACUGACUAUGACUUUGACUGCGUCGUCUUUGAUAUUCAUUCCUUUACCGGUGUCCCACUAGUUAGACGUAAGGCGUUGCUUAACUCAUGUGCUAAGUAAGUAUCUCAAUGGUUAAUGUUUAAGCGCGACAUGUGAAGUUUUAAUUUAGCCCUUAACGAUAGCGUACUUGUAUCUGUAUCUAUACUCUGCGGAGAUCCCAUGUAUUUAUGAAUAUGUCUAUACGCAAUAUGCUUUUGUAAAUAAAAACCAAAGAAGUUCAAUUGUCACAACAAAUGCGCCGCCUCGAUGUAAA